UCUUGGUGAAAGUUAUAUCAGCAAAAUUCCGUUCCAGUUCCUUCUUGGUUCCAAUCUCGUUUCAUUUGUUUACAAUGCAACGUUUUCUUCCAGUUGUUGCGUUGCUGUCGGCUGCCUUGGUAUCGACAGCGGUUCAUCCGGACCACAAAGACAACAUUGAAAAGGUCAAGAGGUACUUCGCCAACCAAGCCCGAUCCGGUGCGGGCGGUGCCCGCUGGGAAGCCGGUGAGAACCACCUGACCGAGAAGGAUCCUGAGGACCUGAAAGAUCUGUGCGGGACGGUAAAACCCACUCGGUCACAGGCCAGGAGCAACUAUCAUCCCCCGGCACGCGUCCCGAAUUUCUCCAAGCAGCGCAUCCAGAUUGACACGACGUUUGAUGCGGCUUCGCGGUGGCAGAACUGCCCUUCCAUCAAGCAGGUCCGCGAUCAAGGAGGCUGCGGAUCGUGCUGGGCUUUUGCUGGCGCUGAGACGCUGAGUGACCGUUACUGCAUCGCCAGUGGACAGACGAAAACGAAGACCUUCUCCGUCCAGGAUAUGCUUAUAUGCAGCGGAGGCCAAAAUGUUAACUACUGUGGAGGCAAUCUGGCUCGCGCUGCGUACACCAUGGCAGUUAGCACGGGCGUGGUGUCGGGUGGCGAUUAUAAUAGCGGUGUGGGUUGUCUGCCCUAUACGUCCUAUUCCGGUGCCGCAGUCACCGCCACGUCCACUGCUCAGUGCGCCAACGCGACUUGUAUCAGUGGAUAUGGAAAGACUUAUGCACAAGAUAAGUCUUAUGCUACCGUUUGGUACGAACUGGGCAGCUAUUACGCCAACAAUAAUUUGUCCGCUGGUGGUGCCGCAGCCAGCAUCAAAAACGAGUCUGUCGUCCGGCAGAUCCAGUACGAACUAAUGACCAACGGCCCACUGACAGUGCAGAUUAAAGUCUACAACGACUUCUUUACAUACAAAUCAGGCGUCUACCAACACAUAACCGGAGACUAUGCUGGCGGUCACGGAAUGAAACUGAUUGGUUGGGGAACGGAGGGCGGUGUCGACUACUGGCUGGUGGUCAAUUCUUGGGGGUAUGGCUGGGGCUUAAACGGCACCGUGAAGAUCCUGCGUGGCGUCAAUCAUCUGGGCAUCGAGGACUACCUGGUCACCGCUUUGGUGGACCCCAAUUUGACCCAACCCGUGGCCAGUGCGGCGUGCAAUCUGGCGGGUUGCGCCGGGCGAUCGCAAUACGCGAUGGCACCGGCCAAUGUAUGCUCUACCAAUUUCUGCGCCUGCUACUACUACACCGGCGUGUGGAAUGCCGCCAAGAACGGAUAUGACUGGCAGCAGAGCCCACAGGUUAUUUCCUGCCCGGCUACACCUACUGCGCAAGCCUUUGACGCAUCGGGAAGUGUGCAGGCGUGUGUUGACAAGACCAAGAUUCCGGCUUGUGCUGCAAGCGGAUAAGAGAUGCUGAUGACAGAAUCUGGCAACCCGAUUUCAGCAGUGUAGAACAUUCUGGGAUUGUCGUUUGAGUUGUUGCUGUGUGUUAUGAAUAUAUAUAAUUUCCUACCAUGUAGAAAGCAGUAUGCAUUCUUUCUAACGAUAAAUACCCUAAAUUACUUCGAAAUGUGACUUCUGUAAACCUUGUCACACGUACUCGGGCAACAAUUAUUUUCAUCGG